AUGGCAUUACUGAUUAUACUGAUUAUCUGCUUUGUGAUUAUUCUUGCUUCUUCUCAGCCUUGCCAGACCCCUGAUGACUUUGUGGCUGCCACUUCUCCAGGACAUAUCAUGAUUGGAGGUUUGUUUGCCAUUCAUGAAAAAAUGCUGUCCUCAGAUGACUAUCCCAGACGACCCGAAAUCCAGAAGUGUGUUGGCUUUGACAUAUCAAUCUUUCUUCAUACUCUUGCCAUGAUAUACAGCAUUGAGAUGAUCAAUAAUUCAACACUCUUAUCUGGAGUCAAACUGGGGUAUGAAAUCUAUGACACUUGUACUGAUGUCACAGUGGCAAUGGCAGCUGCUCUGAGGUUUCUUUCUAAGUUCAACUGCUCCAGAGAAAUCGUGGAGUUAAAGUGUGAUUAUUCCAGCUACAUGCCAAGGGUUAAGGCUGUCAUAGGUGCUGGCUACUCAGAAAUAACCAUGGCUGUCUCCAGGAUGUUGAAUUUGCAGCUCAUGCCACAGGUGAGUUAUGAAUCAACUGCAGAAAUCCUAAGCGACAAAAUUCGCUUCCCUUCAUUUUUACGGACUGUGCCCAGUGACUUCUACCAAACUAAAGCAAUGGUCCAUCUAAUUCAGAAAUCUGGAUGGAACUGGAUUGGCAUCAUAACCACAGAUGAUGACUAUGGACGAUUGGCUCUCAACACUUUUGCAAUGCAGACCGCGGCAAAUAAUGUGUGCAUAGCCUUCAAAGAAGUUAUCCCAGCCUUCCUCUCAGAUAACACAAUUGAAGUCGGGAUCAAUCAGGCACUUGAGAAAAUCAUAGCAGAAGCCCAGGUUAAUGUCAUUGUGGUAUUUCUGAGGCAAUUCCAUGUUUUCAACCUCUUCAAUAAAGCCAUUGAAAGGAAUGUAAAUAAGACCUGGAUUGCUAGCGAUAUUUGGUCAACUGCCACCAAGAUUACCACCAUUCCUAACAUUAAAAGGAUUGGCAAAAUUGUGGGGUUUACCUUUACAAGAGGGAAUAUGUCCUCUUUCCAUUCCUUUCUACAAAAUCUGCAUUUAUUUCCCAGUGAUAAUAACAAGCCCUUAAAUGAAUAUGCCAUGCUCUUGUCUGCCUGUGCUCAUGUCAAGGACAGUGAUUUGAGUCAAUGCAUUUCCAACCAUUCUCAGGGGACUUUGACCUACAAGGCUAACAAGGAUAUAGAAAGGAACUUCUCUCUGAGAAAUGACUUCCUGUGGGAUUACACUGAGCCAGGAUUUGUUCACAGUAUUCAGCUCGCAGUGUUUGCCCUUGGUUAUGCAGUUCAGGAUCUGUGCCAAGCUCAAGAUUGUCAGAACCCUAACGCCUUUCAACCAUGGGAGUUACUUGAUGUACUGAAAAAUGUGACAUUCACUGAUGGAGGUAAUUCAUUUCAUUUUGAUGCCCAUGGGGAUAUGAAUACUGGAUAUGAUGUUGUGCUCUGGAAGGAGAUCAAUGGCCACAUGACUAUCACCAAGUUGGCACAAUAUGACCUGAAGAAUGGUGUCUUCAUCAUCACAGACCAAGAAGCAAAAAACGAGUUCAGAAAUCUCAAGCAAAUUCAAUCUAAAUGCUCCAAGGAAUGCAGUCCUGGGCAAAUGAAGAAAACUACAAAAAGUCAACAUAUCUGCUGCUAUGAAUGUGUGGACUGUCCUGAAAAUCACUACAGUAAUCAGACAGAUAUGGAUCACUGCCUUUUAUGCAACAACGAAACUCACUGGGCCCCAGUAAGGAGCACCGUGUGCUUUGAAAAGGAAGUGGAGUAUCUCAGCUGGAAUGACUCCUUGGCUAUCCUGCUCAUGGCCCUCUCCCUUCUGGGAAUCAUGUUUGUUCUGGCCAUUGGCAUAAUAUUUACAAGAAACCUGAACACACCCGUUGUGAAAUCAUCCGGGGGGUUGACAGUCUGCUAUGUGAUCCUUCUCUGUCAUUUCCUCAACUUUGCCAACACGGGCUUUUUUGUUGGAGAACCACAGGAUUUCACGUGUAAAACCAGGCAGACACUGUUUGGUGUGAGCUUUACUCUCUGCAUCUCCUGCAUUUUGAUGAAGUCUCUGAAAAUUUUGCUAGCCUUCAGCUUCGAUCCCAAGUUGCAGAACUUUUUGAAGUGCCUCUAUAAACCUAUCCCCAUCAUCUUCACUUGCACGGGUAUCCAGGUUGUCAUUUGCACACUCUGGGUAAUUUUAGCAGCACCUACUGUGGAAGAGAAUGUCUCCUUGCCCAGAGUCAUUAUCCUGGAAUGUGAGGAGGGAUCUGUCCUCGCAUUUGGCACCAUGUUGGGCUAUAUUGCCAUCUUGGCCUUUAUCUGCUUCAUAUUUGCCUUCAAAGGCAGGAAAUUACCUGAGAAUUACAAUGAAGCCAAAUUCAUAACAUUCGGCAUGCUCAUUUACUUCAUAGCUUGGAUCAUAUUCAUCCCUGUCUAUGCUACCACAUUUGGCAAAUAUUUGCCAGCUGUCGAGAUUAUUGUUAUUUUGAUAUCUAACUACGGGAUCCUGUGUUGUAUGUUCUUCCCCAAAUGCUAUGUUAUUCUUUGUAAACAAGAGACUAACACAAAAUCUGCCUUUCUCAAGAUGAUUUACAGUUACUCUUCCCACAGUGCAGGUAGCCUUGCUAUGAGUCAUGUUUCACUGGACUCCACCAACAGCAAUAUCCCAAUGACCAAUCCCAGCCCUGGUGGCAAGUCUGCAGCCUGGCAGAAAAGCAAAGAUCUUGAGGAACAAGUGUUUGGAUGCAUUUGUAGAGAAAAUGCUACAAGUAUAUCUAAAACUUUGCCUCGGAAAAGAAUUUCAAGUAUAUGA